GCAGAAGAAGAGUUCAAUAUUGAGAAAGGUCGCCUCGUACAGCAGGAGCGUCUCAAAAUAAUGACUUUUUAUGAGAAGAAAGAAAAGCAAGUUGAGUUGCAGAAGAAAAUUCAGAGAUCAAAUCAGCUGAAUCAGUCACGACUGAAGACCCUCAAGGCACAGGAUGAUCAUAUCAGGGCUAUACUUGAUGAUGCAGUUAAACAGCUUGGUAAGGUGACACAAGACAAGACUCAGUACUCGCAAGUUGUCAAAGGCCUUAUAACACAAGGAUUAUUUCAGCUCCUGGAGCCAGCUGUGUCAAUUCGGUGUCGCCAACAAGACCUUGAUAUUUUGAAGGGUGUAAAGGAUGCUGCUGUUGAGGAAUAUAAAAAAGCCACAAAGAAAAGUGUAGAAUUAAGCAUUGAUGAACAGACAUUUUUAGGCUCUGACUGUGCGGGUGGUGUUGAAUUGUUAGCAAAACAAGGACGGAUUAAAGUUGUAAACACAUUAGAGAGCCGCCUUGAAAUGAUGAGUAAACAGAUGAUGCCAGAGAUUAGGGAGACUUUAUUUGGUGCAAACACCAGAAGAGCAUUCUUCGACUGAUGUGCCCAAUUUCUUGACCACAAACUUUGUUUCCUUUAUACAAAUUUUCCUUUCCUAUCCUAAAACCAUAUGACCGCCUACUGAUAAAAAAAAUGUGUGUAAACUUCUUUCUGGAUGAACAUUCCUUUGAAUUUACUUGGAAGGGGUUAUUUUUGUUUUGUUUUGUUUUGUUUUUUUGUUCUUUGUGUUUUUUUUGUUAGCAUGUGCUGGUUGUCAAUGCUAGUAUUGUUUUGUUUUGCUUUGAUUUGCUUUUUUUUGUUUUCCAGGCUCUGUUUUGGUCAGAAUUGUUUUGAAGGGCAGAGGGGGGAAAGCAGAAAGGGCUUUUCCAUGUCCUGUAAUUAAAUAAGAUUUGAUGAUACUUGAAAUAAAAACACAUAAGAAUUGAGAAAGCUAAUUAUGUACAAUUUUAGACCAUGACUUGGAUUGUCCCAAUUAUCUAGUAAACUUGAAUAAGGCUUCUAA